CGCAACAAUCCAAUCCUCUCCGCUGCGUCUCGCGCGACUCGAUGGCGGCGGCUGCGGUGAUGGUUGCUCCACCAUCCUCUUCCACGGCCGACGCGGCGGUGGCGGGGGCGGGGCCUGCGCUGGAGGCGGAGGCGGCCGUGCCGGCGCCUGCUCUCCCCCGGAGCCAGCAGCCGAUGCUCGUCGAGGGCAGGGGCCCGAAGCUGCGUGACCACGCCUACAGCCGCAAGCAGAAGUCGCUCGGCCUCCUCUGCUCCAACUUCGUGGCUCUGUACAACCGCGACGACGUGGAGUCUAUCGGGCUGGACGACGCGGCCAGGAGGCUCGGCGUGGAGAGGCGCCGGAUCUACGACAUUGUCAACGUGCUCGAGAGCGUCGGGAUACUCGUGAGGAAGGCCAAGAACCGGUAUUCUUGGAUAGGCUUCGCCGGCGUCCCAAUGGCACUGCGAGAACUCAAGGAGAGGGCAUUGAGAGAGAAGUCUGGCUUGGCUCCUCUGCCCGUAGAGGAUCCAUCUGCGGCCAAUAUGUCGGAUGACGAAGACGAGGAUAAGAUGGGUGAUGUUGAUGGUGACACUGGGAGCGAGAAGCUGAGUCAACCAGUUGACAACCCUUCUGACAAGCCAGGCGCACCUCGCUGCCGGCUUAGAUCUGACCAUAGGAAGGAGAAGUCGCUUGGAUUGCUCACGCAGAAUUUCGUGAAGCUCUUCCUCACCAUGGAGGUUGACACGAUCUCACUUGAUGAAGCUGCAAAGCUGUUACUUGGAGAAGGUCAUGCAGAGAACAGUAUGAGAACUAAAGUCCGGAGGCUAUAUGACAUUGCUAACGUGCUGUCGUCUAUGAACUUCAUUGAGAAGAUACAGCAAGCUGACUCAAGGAAACCUGCAUUCCGGUGGUUGGGCUCACCGGGGAAACCAAAAGCAGAAAAUGGUGUCACAAUUGCCCUACCUCCACCAGGGAAGACCAUGUCGAACAAGAGAGCAUUUGGGACUGAACUCACUAACAUUGACAUGAACAGAAGCAAACUGGAUUCAGCAAUCCCGAAGAAAGCAAAGCUAACACAGAGUGGUGGUGACAUUUUGAAGGAUUGCAAAUUGUCAGUGCAGAGACAGCUCAGGCAAGGUAGCGUGGGUGGUUUUGUUUAUGGGCCUUUCCACCCUGCUGGUGCAAGAAAACAAGAGCUCGACGAUGGUAAUAAAAGACAAACAGAUAGUGCUCAGGACUGGGAGAGCUUUGCUGCUUCAUUUCGACCACAAUACCAGAACCAAGCAUUGGGCGAUCUUUUUGCUCAUUAUGUGGAAGCCUGGAAAUCAUGGUACUCUGAAUUUGCGCAAGGCAGCAGCAUGAUGCAGCAGCACUUUGGCAUGCAUGUCAUUAACCAAUUUUUGUAGCCAAACCAGUAAUCUCAAGCACUGUAGUUCUUAGUUCAUGCUUGGGAUUUAUUUAACUGUACAAUGUGUCAAGAAAAUGUGGGGAACAAAGACAUAACAUAGGCCUAGGAUUCAUUGUAUUUACUCAAUCCAGGAAAUAUCCAGGCUAUUUCAGUCUUAAAGGUAAACUCACCUCAUUGUUAGUCAUGAUUUCUCUGCUGUUUAUUCGUCCAGCUAUAACCUUGCUUACCUUUGU